UUCAAUUAUUGGCGAAGCUCUUUCUGCUAGACGGUUUUCUCCUUAAAAUGCUGCUUGUAAGCCAAAAAAAGUGGUACCGGUACCGUGAUUAUAUUUUAAAUUAAUUUUUGAACGCCAGAAGAAGAAUUGUAGGCGUACAAAUGAGCACAACAUGGCAGAGGUUACUUCCCGGCGAACGAACGAGUUACUUCAUAGAGUUCAGCCUCAUUUGGAUAUCACUGAAUCAAGUUGAGAAUUAAAAGGUGAGAAUUGUUCCUUGUAAUGGCUGCUCCAGUAUUUGUGUUUAAAGGGGAGCUGUUACACCAGGCAGCAAUCUAUGAUCAGCGUGACUUACUCAAGUCUCUUCUGGAUGCUAAGGUCCAUGGCGAAGCCAACAGUCUUGAUCCAAGGGGGCUAACACCUCUUCAUACUGCAGCACUUCAUGACAGUGUCGGCUGUCUGGUUGAAUUACUGGAAAGGAAAGGAGAUGUAGACAUACAGUCUGCUCCAGAGGACAACUGUUCUACUGCUCUUCACCAUGCUGCUCGUAAUGGCCAUCUUCGUUGUCUGAAAGUUCUCAUUGAUGCAGGGGCAAGAGUUGAUAUCAAGAACAAAGAUGGAAAAACAGCGAUGCAGAUAGCAUUUGAAAUGGGGGAAUUUGAAUGUGGCAACUACCUAAGGACUAUGGAAGCCAUCAGAAAAGCUGCGAGAGAGGAGGAGAUAUCCCAAGAACUCUAUCGCUGUUGUGCCACUGGUGAUUUGCCUCGGGCAAAAGAGCUUUUAGGCGAAGCAAGUACAACAACAAUCAACAAGUUAUACCAAGGAGGAAGCACACUUCUGUACAAGGCUUGCCAAGGUGGUCAUCUCGAAGUUGUGAAGCACCUUCUGAAUAGCGGUGCAGAUGGUUCACCAAACACAAUAACAGGGAUUGCCCCACUGUAUGCUGCCACCCUAAGUGGAAAUGAUGAGUUGGUGAGACUAAUGGUGCAGAAGUUUCCGCACGCAAUCAAUAUCCCCAGCAAGAUGGAUGGAUCAACAGCUCUUCAUGUGGCUGCAGGUGAAGGCAGUGAAGAGAUCAUCAAGAGCAUCCUGCAAGUUCCAAGGGAUGGUGAAGAGUUGGCACCUUGCAAUAAAAUUGACAUGGGUGUUCGCACGUCAACGCACAUGACUGCCCUUCAUCUCGCGGCCCAAGGAGGCUUUGUGAAGGUUCUCGAACAACUUUUAGAUUGCAGCCACAAGUGCGCUGGGCCAUGCGAGGCCAACUUGACAGUGUCUGUGAAUGCUACAGACAUCAUGGGGCAGACGGCGCUGCAAGGUGCGGUCACAGUCGGAUAUAGAGAUGUUGUCCAACUGCUUAUAACACAUGGUGCUGAUGUUAACCUAUGUCAGUCCAACGCAGAGAGUUUCCAGGGAGAGAGUGACAGCGCUGCUCAUGCUACCUCGGGUGUUAAUCCUGCUACUGGUAGAUGCUCUCCUCUUGAGAUUGCCUGUUCUCAAGGAGACUUGGAAAUGGUAAAGUUAUUGUUAAACAACGGAGCAGAGGAUGCUGACCACAAAAACUUGAAUUCAGCAAUUGUGGCUGAUAGCACUGAAGUCAUAGCGAUUCUACUACAACAAGGAGCACAAGUUGACCAAGAGCAUAAGCUGUACCCAUCCAGAACAAGCAACAGCCCUGAGGAGUUAUGGCGUAUGUCAGCGGCACCUAUUUCUUUACUUUGGAAUGACAUGAAACUGACAAAACUGGAACAGCAGUGGAUAUUAGCGGCCGCCAGUAGGAUCAAUCCAUUUGAUGGAGAUUUCGCGGGACUACACCCGUCCCUAAAAACUGUCACUCGAGUGGACAUUUCGAGCAAUAGACUUUUAAAGCUUCCCAUUGUGUUAUUUCAAAUGGCCGCAUUAAAGACCCUCAACGUAUCGGAUAAUGCCAUCACCUGUUUACCGUGUCUGUGGCUUGGAGGAAAGAAAGAGAAAAAGAUGAAAGUUAGUACUUUAAAGGUUGGGAAGAAAGCUUACAGCUCGUGCGAGAAUAUUUCGGAGAAUCUUGUUUUCAGUGAAGAAAGUGAGCAGGACUUCAGCUAUGUGGAAUCUGGUUGGAACUGUCCACACCUUGAAGACAUUGAGUUACAUCACAAUUCUUUAACACACUUGCCGACGUGUCUUUUUGAAUUGCCAGUCUUGAAGUAUUUGAACGUUUCGUACAACGAUAUUCAAACACUCCCGUUUGAAAUGUGGACUUCCCCAGCGUUAAAAUCAUUAGAUCUGAAAGGAAAUUUCCUGAGGAAUUUGCCGGUAAUGAAGCCUAGACGCGCCAGAGCAGGAACUGGAACUGGAACUGCUAAAACAUCAAGUCUACCUCGUGCUAAAGUGUUGUCUUUAAGCAAAGACAAUCUACCAGGAGACCUCAGCCAUGCGAGUCCAUCAUUAGAAUCAAGCUCACCAAAGCAAAGUGCUGAAGUUGACGGCGUAAAGGACCCCCAUUUGAAAAUGUUCCACCACGGUCAGCUAUGGGGAACAAGGCCUGGAGAUGAAAUCGAGGACUCUGACUCGGAAGAAGAAGACAUUGAUCCUUCUAAAGGAGCCUCUCUUCAAAAACUUGAUUUGUCGUCAAACCAAAUCGUAAAGAUUCGUCCAGGUCUUUCGUGUCUGGCAACGAAUCUCGUGACACUGAUUUUAUCAAAUAACAACAUUUCCGAUGUUCCAUCACUGGCUCUGUUUCCAACAUCUCUCGGAACACUGGAUUUAUCGCACAAUAACUUGACGCGGUUUCACCCCAUAACGGAAAAUUUCUUUCAUGGAAAUGCGGCGGAAAGUCGGUGUUACAGCGUUGUUGAAGGCCAAAAACCGAGCGUGCGCCGAAGGAUCAGUGCGGAGAAUGGACUCCAAGCGGGCAGAGUAAGACUCUGUCGGCAUGCAAAACAUAGAGCUCUACCAAAUCUGAAGCGUCUCGACCUAAACAACAACAAACUUGAAGAAAUUUAUUUUACGCUUCCUCGGACUCGCCCCGCCUCGGUAGCAUCCGUCUCAGACCCCACACCAGCGAAUUCUAAAGGUCCAAGUGUACUUUUCCCUAUCUUACAGUCUCUAACGCUCAGCAACAAUGAACUAUGGAGUCUACCAAAGGAUGUAGGAGUCUUAUCGAAGCUUGGCUCGCUGCAUGUGAGUAACACAAGAAUCACUCGUCUACCUCCCGAGGUCGGAUUGCUUUCAGAGCUAUGGGAUCUACAGUUCCAAGGUUUGCAGCUACAGGAUAUUGAGCCGAGUGUGCUGGAGAGAAAGAAGACGAAAGACAUUGUAGGAUAUUUGAGAUCAGUUUUAGAAAGAUCCGAGCCGCACCCAAGUAUGAAACUGAUGUUUGUUGGAGUUGCAAACAUCGGAAAGACCACACUCCUGAGCCAACUUAGGCAGGAGGGGACGGGAAGCUACCAAAAUUCUCCCCCUGUGGGGUGGACAGAGAGGAAGUACAAGAAAAAGAGGACCGGAUCUAUAACUGGUCGAACCAAGAAAGCAGAGAUGAACAUCUCGACUGUCGGUGUGGAUGUGUGCGAUUGGAUUUAUCCAAACAAAAGAGAUUUUGCAUUCGGUCGAGCAGACAAUAGACCCAGCAUCAAAUUCAGCACUUGGGACUUUGGCGGACAGCGCGAGUAUUACGCCACUCAUCAGUGUUUCCUGUCUCAUCGUUCGCUGUACAUCGCCAUGUGGAAGGUGACAGACGGCGAACAGGGCGUCAAUCAAAUUGAACCCUGGUUGCUGAAUAUCCAGGCCCGUGCCCCAGACUCUACAGUCAUCAUUGUUGGAACACACUACGACUUGUUAGAGGACAAGGACAGGAGAUCUGAAUACUUGACAAACCUGAGGAGUAUGAUAUCUGAUAACUAUAUCGCCGUCGAAUACGGAGGAAGAAUUCUGAACACACGAGAACGAGGCUUGCCCAAGGUUAGGGCCAUGAUUGAAGUUAGCUGUAAGACUGGGUACCACAUCCGGGAACUGAGGCAGCUGAUCUACAACACGUCUUUUGACAUUAAAGAGAAAGGCAGUCGCCUGCCUCUACUGAAGACGCCCAUUCCUGCCAGUUACAUCGCAGUAGAGAACGCUGUGGGUGUGAUGCGUGAUAGGUGCUACCGUGACGACCAGUCCCCGGUACUCAAGUCUGAGCAAUUCAGCGCUGCGGUUGAAGCUGAGCUGUCAAGGCAAAAUUUUCACCUCAGAGGACCAGAGGAAUUACAACAAGCUACAAGAUUCUUGCAUGACAAUGGUGUCUUGUUACAUUACGACGACCCGUUGCUGCGUGACUUGUAUUUUUUGGACCCUCAGUGGUUGUGUGACAUGCUUGCUCAUGUUGUCACGAUUAGGGAAGUCAACCCUCACAUAAACAAUGGUGUCAUGAAACGUUCCGACUUAUCUCAAAUUUUCCGAAGUGAGCGAUUUCCCGCCAAUCUAAUGAGCCAAUACAUCAACCUGUUAAGCAAGUUUGAAGUGGCCCUGCCAUGGAGCCCGGAGUUCCUGCUCGUCCCCUCUCUACUCCCGGAUAGUCAGCAAGAAACUAACCAGCCUGUUGCGGCUGGUGUAAGCGCGGCGGUUGCGCAGGCCAUGAAUGUGACAGCUUACAAUCAAGCCAAAGUACUUCGGAGACAGUACGUCAUGUCCUAUGUGCCGAGUGGGUUUUGGCCAAGACUGAUUACUAGAGUGAUUCCAGAUGAAAGAAUCCGCGAUACAGUGAAGUCUUGUUGUCAGCUGUCUCCCGAUGGCCCUGUUCAGGAGGGUGACAGAGACAAACUAACUUCUGUGGCACAACCAGAGUGGUCAUGCUGGAAGACUGGGAUCGAACUGUCAUGUUUUGGAGUGAAAUUGCUGAGGAUAUGUGAACUGGAAGGAAGACCUUUUUAUGGCGCACCAGAUGACAUGGCUAAUCCACUACACUACCGUCGCGAGGUUCAUGACACCACUCGUUAUUCCACCAUUGAAGUUCUUACGCCAUGUGUUCGCAUUAGAAUGGAGAAGUUUGAACAACGAAAGAAAGUAACAUCGAGGAGGACGAGCCAAAGAAGUGUUGGAGAAGAUCACCGAGAGGGAUCAAAGGUGAUCGGAUUUAAAGUCAAGUCUGUUUUAGACAGUAACAUCCAGUCCUCUGCGCGGUUGGUUGCCAUCGCUGUGGAACACAUGGACACGCUCAUCACCGACUGGUUCCCAGGACUUGAUGCAAUUACGGUGCAUGGUAAUCGCCUGGUCACUAGGAUCAUCCCGUGCCCUAAGUGCAUCAUGACCGUAUGCAGAAUCGAUCGAGCCGAGAAUGAAAAGGAAAGAGAUGAUGUGGCAGUUGAUGUGCCUUUGACGCUAUCCUCAGGGCAGGAUAGCGGCAUAAAUUUGUCUGCGACUGACGGGAGUAGUACGAGCGCUUCUCCAUGGCCGAGCCCUGUACAUGUUUCGAGGAGACCCGAAACUAAUGGAGAAGUUGACUCGCCGUCACAGAGCGUGGGCUCCUCUGAUAUGCAACAGGGGCAAAGCCAUGGCAGUCCUCAAUUUCCUUUUCGUGACCGUUUCCACUCGGAGCCCGAGAGAUUCACGUUUGGGUACGUGAGCACUGAACGGGAGACAGAGGAGGAGAGCUCAAGUUGUUUUGACUACACUUCAGAUCAGAGCACAGAUAGUCAUGGCAGUGAAAGUAGCCAAUCCUUUUCUCCAGAGAUGGGUGGCAGGAGGAGGAAGCAAUCCGGUAAAGGACGCAGGGAAUUGAGGCGAAGUGACAGCGAGGAAAGUGACGUCAGCGAUAUGAACUCCAAGACCAAGAAGUCGAACGAAACAAAUCAAGAAGAACCCAACGAAGGUGGUAGCACCGACAGCGCUGAAAGCUUUCAACGUGGUUCCGGUAAAUACGGCUCGUUCAGAAAGCGACCCACAGAAAAUGACGCAAUCAUUUAUUCAUUUGAGUUUGAAGAAUGUGUGCUUGCUGCCUACAAUACUGAGCCCGUGGAGUGCACCGUGCACGGCCAGCUGGAUAUCAAAGAGCUUGCUCCAGAUGCUAUGUUUGAAGACAUCGCUCCAAACAUGAACAUUCAAGCAUCCGACUUAACUAGAGGCAAAUUCUUAGGCAAAGGAACUUUUGGCUCAGUAUUUCGCGGGGAACUGAGGCAGGAAUCCGGGAACUCGAUAACUAUCGCCAUGAAGAUGCCACUGAACAAUGAAGUGGGUGAUGAUGCACCGGCAGAAGAAAAGCAAAUGGCUGCAGCGGCCAUGAGGGCGCUGAAAGAAAAUCCAACCGUGACAUUGAAUGAUGCUUACAGGACUGUUCGUCAGGAGAUGUCCAUUCUCCUACCCUUGAAACAUCAUAACAUCGUGUCGUUGCUAGGAUACUGUCUAAACCCUUUCUCCAUGAUUUUGGAGUUUGCGCCUCAAGGGGCUUUGGACGGAAUUCUUGCAAACUACAAGAGGGCUGGAGUUAGGCUUAAUGCUUACGUCAUGCAGAAAUGUAUCGUGCAGUGUGCCUCAGCUAUGAAAUACUUACAUCGCCACCACAUAAUUUACCGUGAUCUCAAAUCAGAGAAUAUUUUGGUGUGGGUGUUUCCAGCCCCCACGAGCGCUGCCCAAUCACAUCAUCAAGUCGUAAUAAAGCUGGCUGACUAUGGUAUCAGCCGGUCAGCGGCCUUAGCAGGAAUGAAGGGACUGGGAGGCACUCCUGGUUUUAUGGCCCCUGAGAUCGAAAAGUACGUCGGGAAGGAGCUUUACACGGAUAAGGUGGACUCGUUCUCCUUUGGAAUGUACAUUUACGAACUAAUCACGCUGCACCAGCCGUUUAAUGAUCUCAACCCAGCCCAGGUCAAACAGCUAAUCGUCGAGGGUCAUCGACCGCCACUUACUGCCAAGGACAAAAAAGCUCCAGUGUUUGUGCUGGACUUGAUGGCGUGGUGUUGGCAACAGGAGGCAGAAAAGAGACCCCCUUCCUAUCACAUCUAUCAGCUGUCUUCUGCAACCGAAUUUCCCCGCCUCUCUGACGUUCUUACUUUCGACAAACAGCUGGGCUUAAACUGUGCUGUGACUGCUGGGUCGCGAGUUAGUCAAAGCCGCGGGGCGGACGAUAGGGCUAGUGUGGGGUCAGAGGUCUGGCUGUGUCGAAGCGAGUUGAAUGCUGGGAUAGGCAGAGGAAAAAUCAAUGUCCUCAGCUACAGCCGAGGGCGGUGUUAUCACAAAAAGGAGUUUUUUGUGGGCAAAUCCUGCAUAAGGGUUGCCUGUAGCGUGGGUAGUUCAGUGUGGCUUGGGACCGAGUCAGGCACACUGCACGUGUUUUGUGCCAUGACUUGUAAACAGCUGUGUCAAGGAUCAAUCAGGUCCAACAGGUACAUCCUGAACAUGAUCCACGUCCCUCGAGCGAACUGGGUUCUAGUGGCACUUGCAGAUGGCUCUGUUCUGGCUUACGAUGAUAACAUCUCAAAUCAUUAUCAUCACUCUUAUCAGUCGGAACAAACUCCUGUUCUCGAGCUCCUACCAAGACGGGUCCACACCGGCGAUGGAAUUCCCAUUCACUGCAUGGCAGCAUUGCUGCUGAAGAAACGCAAGGGUAAUGAACCCCCACCGAACACCGAGGCAGACUCGUCCGAGGACUCUGAUGACCGAAAUAGCCCCCGUGACGAAUACGUCUGCGAGGUCUGGUGCGGGAAAGAAAAGGGGAGGAUAACAAUUCUCGACGGUGAAGAGAUGCAGAAAAUUUGCACCAAAUCAGCGGAAGACAGUGAACCGGAUUCGUCUUCACAAAGAGAACACAGUGUAUCCCAUCUUGAGACAUGCCAGACCACCAGCUCUACCAUCAGCGGAGAUGAUCCCGUCGGGAGGUCUGUGUGGGUGGCUUUGUUCCCCGGCACUCGCGUUUACCGAUGGGACGCUCUGGACAAGAAAAUUGUGCGCAGUGUUGAUUGCUCACAGUAUCCACCGAGAUUUGAAGGUUCAAAACCGAAAGUCCCUCUAAGAAGAGGCGCAGAUCCUUAUCCUUUGAGCCCUUCCCGUGCACAGGUGAACUCCCUCCUUGCAGUAGACAAGGAACUGUACAUCGGCACAAGCUAUGGUUGUAUUCUCGUUUGCAAUAAUAUCUCUCUCAUGGUAUAUACUGUAAUACGCUGCCAUGACGAGUCUGUAAAACACCUCCUCCCUCUGGUAACCACACCUGUCGUUCCUUCGCACUCUGGUGGUGAACAGACGAGGGCACUGGUGCUGAGUUGUGGGCGAGGUUAUCGCAGUCUUGGGGCCAGUCUCUACGGACACACAUCGUACCCGAGUCGUCGAAGCGGAAAGACUACCUUAAAGGGCGAAUCUGUUGUUUUAGUCUGGCUUGCAGACGUCUGGGAAAGUUGAUGAAGGGGAAUUACCAAGGAUUUCCUCGGGGAUCCUGGUUCAGUAGUAACAAAUAUUUGUUCAGAUAUGCGAGUCAAUUUACAAUAACCGUGAAUUAAGAGGCUAACAUAGCUGCUCGUUAGUAAUGAUCAUAGAAGUACUGGGCUGACCCACGUACGUUGGGAGAGGUCCUUCUUUAAAUAUUUACAGAAUAUACUGAAAGAUUUAUCCUUUCUAGGGAAAAAAAUCUCUAGAAAAGGAAGUGAAUAGUCUUAAUGGUAUACAUCGAAAAUUUGAAAUUAGUGCAACUCAUAUUAUCAAAAAAUAGGGCAUUAACUUUUCAUCUUUAUUUACAGAUGUGUCUGACAAUGGCGAUAUUUGAUAACAAAAACUAAAACAACAUCGAAAAUUACAAUUUCAAAGGAAAAUUUGAGGAAAGUGAACGAUCAUAUUGCUUUAAUUACUUUUAGAGAAUUUAGUCCAUAACUGAAUUAAUGAAUGUAUGAUAAAAAGGGGCAGAAAGCCUUAGUUAAGGCUUAUUAUUUGGAUGCAGGUGUUGAAUUUGUGUUUAUUUGGUGCUUUUCCCACGUUCCACGUUUCCAUCCUGUGUAAGGGUCUCUUUGGAUGUUAUCAUACCAAUUGUAAGAGUGAUGGAUGAAAGCUUUAUUGCCCUAGCGUGUCCCACGUGUGGAAAUUUUGCGCCCAGCAUCCUGUGUCGACGUGGGGGUAUGCUAUAUAUGUUAUAUUUAAAAUUACCAAAUUAGUUCUAAAAUUAGGGACCUUAAGCAGUCAGGACGGCAACGCCAAGGAAGACUUCGAUUA